AUGGCGGAAGGUUCGUCAACAGGCGAAAGCCUUGCACGUCAGUUUACCUACUGCGUUUUCCCUCUGCGUGUAAAUUAUUCCACAUAAACAUACCGCUUUUCAUUUUCCUAUCUGUUAGGGCAAACACUUGAAACAUGUUGCAAAAGAAAAGGGAAAAACCUUGUCUUUUAUCCAUAGGGUGCGCCCCGGAACGGGAUGUGUUUGUAAGAUUGUCAGUAAAAACAAGUAGCAAAUUGUUGUCAAACUUCAAUGAAAGUUUAAAGACACAGGAUAACAAGGACGAUGAAGACAGGGCGAAUAACAUGUGUUUGGAGAGUCUGGCCCCAGGAACGGUAUGAGAUUUUGAAGGAGGGAGUUAUGCACACGUAUGUCAGUUAGCUACAUAUUGUGGACAGUGAGAAAGAAAGGGGGCAAAGAUGCACAAAACCUCGUUUUAAAUAACCCCAGACACAGAUUCAACUCUGUCCCUUUUACUGCCAAUGUGCAUAAGCACUCUAUUCCACUUUUAAAAUUGACCUUUUCACUUUCUCCAUGACCUAAGGUCGAAAAAUUUCGCAAACUCAGUUAAACAGACAGCAAACUGUUUGCUGUUUAAUUCUUCUUUCUCGCUCGCCUCUGGUGCCUGUGAGGAAUGAAUGACAACCGUUCAAUAUCUAGGCGAAUGAUGAGAAAUGAACAUUAAUCAAAAUCUAUCAUCUCAACAAAAAUGUGAUGUUUUAUAUUGAUAGUUUCUAAGGCAGAUGAGAAAGCUCUACCGAUAAAUAAUGUUUAGGUAUCAAGGCACAUAACACUACAGGCACUGGCAUACCGCUUUGCCAUUAUGAAGUGGAAAAAACAUUUCUCUACAUGGCAAAAUAGUGUUGCAUUUUUUAGGCCAUCACUCCCACAUGUUCUACUGCGGCUCCCUUAGAAACAUAAGAAAUCCAGAUCUUGCACACUAAGUAUUGCCAUGACCUACAAUGUUUUCUUCUCUAGGUAAAUUCAAUUGUAGACUCCCGCGGACUUUUCUUGACAUGGCAUAACCACGCAUAUCCAGGGAAGACCGUCACCUUGCCACUUUCGGAAACGGAAAUCAAGAAAUUUUUUGUAUCAUGUGCCAGGGCUGGGUUUACCUAUACAAGACUCACGAAUAACAUUAUUCGUGGGAUCUGUAUGUGGGUAACUAUACUACCCAACAGGGACCCUCCAAGAGAGACCAGUCUAUGAUGGCCCUACCUGAAAAGAGCAGGUUUGUACAGCAAUGUGGUAUCUGAAAGGGGAGAGACUUUCACAAGUUGCAGUAUUUGAAAGGGAAGGGAAUUCUGUCCGUUUGGUUUGUAAAAAGACCUAGAAGGAGAAUUAAUGAUAUAUAGAUUUAAAGGGGUUAGGGGGUUGGAUUUCAGGGUGAAGCUUCCACAUGCAUAACCUUUAAGCAAUAUAAAUGCCCCACCAAUCCUCUUCCAUCCCUGGUCAAAGACAUUACAUCAUUGUCUCGAAAACCCAAGAAAGUUAUUAGCCUAAUCAAAUUGAUGAGGUAGAAUGGUUUCACAAUCAACAUCACAUUCCAUUUUUCCUAGAAGAUGUGCAUAUAGUUGGCCAUACAAUGUCGAAGUUAAUGACAUUGGACAGAUUUUCAAAAAUAGUAACAUUUCACCAAAAAUACAUAAUAUCCUGUUUAGCCUUCCAAUUUGGGGCAUGUAGCCUCACCUGAAAUUAGCUGUAACUAAGUGUUAGGGCCCUUCAUUACAAUAACAGCUCAGAUGAAGUGAUUCCAACACUGACAUUACAAAUGAAUGUUUUGAGAUGACGUAACUAAAUUCCCAGUUGAUUACAUUUCAGAACACAGAUUCAUCUCCUAAACCACCCUAAACGUAUGAAAAACAUCACUCACGGUCUUAGGCAACAUUACAACUAAGUACAAUGUAUUAUACAACAGAACGAACUACAAAGAAAUUGGUACAAGACACUUAUUAUAAUACUGUUUUCAUUGUUGUAGUAUCAUUCCUUCACUGCUUGUCAGCAAGCUGUGCUGCAAGGCCAACGAGUUUGGCAGAGACAUACGUACGGGAAGAAAUUGAAGAACUCCGACAAGAACUGGGCCUCGGCUCGUAUCCUGCUGGGGCGGGAUUAA